AUGUGGCGGAUCAUUACGCGCCCAGGGGGUUCAUCAGGAGGAGGAGCUUUGUCGUUUAGAGACUAUGGCGCAGUCAUCAUCGCUCCUUAUGCCGUCCAUUUGUUUAUUUGUGGCGAAGUGUUAAUUUUAGGCCUGAAGGAACGCGAGCUGGUCAAACGCGACAGAACACUCAUGUUUUGUCACAUAGAUUCUACUAUACCCGCGUAUGUUACUGGUGUUGUGGUCAUCUGUGUGAUUCUCAUUGCGAUGGGCUUCGUUGCAUCCAUAGCCAUCUAUAUACGCAGACACAUGGCGGCCUCUCGCCUUUUUCAAGGCCGGCAAGUCGUGAAUAUCCAGAAGAUGGUCUUCCGUUUCGGUGUCUUCACAAUCCUCCCAGUGUUUGGGCUGGCUCUUUCUAUUACCCAAGUUUCAUCCAAGCGAUCUGGUCUCGCUGAUGGCAUACUGACGAUCACAAUAGGAACACUACCUGCCGGAGCGGCUCUCAUUUUUGGAACGCAGAGCGAUAUCAUGCGUGUCUGGAUGUUCUGGAAGAAACCGUGCGCUUCGAACGCGCCGCUCGAGUCGGCAAAGUUAGCGAUAGCAAGUGUAUGA